CAGUAACAAAUGUAUAAGAGCAGAAAGGGUAAUAGGCACUUUUUUACAGCAGAUAUGUUUUACUUGUGCACAGGUGUAAAUAAAAUGGAUUCCAUCUCGCUGCUUCACUUUCAGGCUCCUAGCUGUCGCACUGUUAUGACGUAAUGCCACAUUGAGUAGAACAGAGCUAUUGAACAACGUUAUUAGUUAAAACCGGAUGUGCUUCUCCUUACAUGACGAAUGUUUGCUGUGAGCAGGUCUCUGUAGCGCCUGGAACUGAUUGCACAAAUUAGCAUUACGUUUAAGGAUAAUGAAGGGAGUUCUUUACAUUAAAUAGAAAUAAACGGAUAUGUAGGCGAAGAUGGUUACGGUGUUUAAUGUUAAAUAUAAAAAAUGAUAGUUCAGGUGUUUGCUUUUUUUAAACUUUGGAAUGAGUUGCAAUAUUGCUGAAUAUCAUUAAGAAAAAUAAUUACAAUAUUUUAAUUAAAAAAAGAUUGACAGUGUAUCAACUUGAGGACUAAUUAGACGGAAUGACCCAAAACACCUGUGUGGAUAAGACGCUACUUUGACAUUAACAUCUCUAAACAUCGUACAGCACCGGAAGAUGGCGCUCUUUCCUCUGUCUGGUAGACUAGUGUGCCGCUAUUGAGCCGCAGAAGAAGAAGAAGGAGGCGGUAGCAUGGAGGAACGAGGAAGUAACUCACCGGUAAAUUACAAUGGCAGCUGAGCCGGUUCGCUGGCAAGUUUUAGUUGACAUAUUAACAAACCAGUAACUGUCGUUAAUGGCGGAGUUGGGGGAGAGCAGCGACCGCGAAGCUGAAGAACAUGACGAGACAAACGGCAGGAAUGUCGAUGAGCCCGUGAUUGGGACCGCAGGUGACCCCGCGGGGACAGUCCCUCGGGGUCUGUGGACCUCGAAUCACGACCAGAGGAAAAAGCUGGUCCUGCACAUCGACCUCACUCAACAACACCAUCCUGGUGUCGGACACCGUGACGGGCCAGGGGCCAGCAGCUGCCCUGGACUACUUCCUCUCGACCGUCACCUGGGGAAAGAUGAGCACACAAGGAAAGUGGGAAUGGCUGAGCGACGCGACCUCCCUGCUCCCACCGUGCGACGGUGCCGUUAGUUACUACUCUCAAUUUGGACGGACGGCGGGUUUCACCUCUGCUGCGGGGCGACGUUUCCGCGGGAUUCUGGAUGAGCAUCUGGAUCUGUUCCGCUGGCCCGAGGGCACCAAGGCAGACAGAGUGCUGUCUGUCAAAGGCGAGGGUGGACAACUGUACCACUGGAUCCUCCCCUCCUUCUUCCAGCUGCUCAAAGACCUGGUGCAGGAAGGGAGGGAGUUCGCUGUCGUGUUCCGCACGUUUGGAAGCGACCUGCCUCGUGUGCUGAGUGCUGUAUCCAGAGCGCUGAACGAAGGGGCUCAUCCGCUGUUCCCAGAUCUGCCCGAUCUCAAGUUAAAGGUGAAUAUGACUCCAGGCGAGAUCCGCUGCAGCAAGAGGGGAACCGUCCUGAGCCGAGCCGAGGAGCGCGUGUCCACUCGGGAUGGAGACCGAGGCCUGUACCAGUACUUGAGCUCAGUCCGGAGCCUGGGGGGCUUUCAGGACCACUUUAAAUGGUGGGCCAGUAAUGACUUCUCCAUCCGUGGGGGGAAGCCGCUGUGGGUCGACCCCUUCGACCAACACGUCCAGCACAUCUUCAUAGACGACAACAUACGACAGAACGACGAGGAUACCAUCGUUCAUCCCAAGGUACCAUCACAUCUUUUACACCAGAUUUUCCUGGACCCAGGUGGCGCUGAGACUCGCACAGCCAGCACCUCUGAGCUCUAUGACAUCACGCUGGUCCAGACCGACCUCCUGCAGGCCAUUUCUCAGCCGAGCUACUUCACUCAGCGCGUCCACAUCUGCCUGGAGAACUAUGAGAGGAAUCUCCAGCAGGGGGCAGGCUAGAACACAGUUCACCUCUAUGUCCAUGUGUCUGCACAUGAAGACCUGCAGUUUAGGGUCCCAUGAACCCAGACACCACAAUCCCAACACGGACGGAGGAUGCAGACACAGCAGACUGUAGGUGGGGCUAUGAAACACAAAGGCUGGUGACUUGUUGAAGGACCGGAGUUCAUAAAACCACGAAUUGAAGAAGUUUUCAUCUGGAGGAAGAUUACAGAAAUAAAUAUGCAGACAAGGAAGGAUCCCAGUUAUUAUGGAACAAUGGCAGGUAGAUGAGGAGUUCCCUCUCAAACGGUUCAAGUGCUGCGAGCAUUGUAUCUGCUUCAGGAGAGCAGUAACGGGAUGUCAGAUUAAACAGAGGGCACUUCACAAAUAUGUACUGAGGUCAACCACCACAAAAAAAAAGUGUUUUUGACUUAAUGAAGCACUUAAGUGGCCAGGCCAGACUCUUUGAUUGCAUCAAAGGCUCUGUAACUAAUCAUGCCACGGGAUAAUUGCCCCAACUCUCAGAGAUUAGUGUCAGACGGCAUGAUUGGGGUCAGGUAUGGUGAAAAGCCCUUCCAGCGUUGCGUUACUUGGCCAGCCAGUAGAAUCCACCAGGGUUCUAUGCUCCAGCUCUUGGUUUAGGCGUCCUCAGGGUGGGACGCCUUCCUGUAGCUUCGCCCUUUGGAUGGUUUAACUUCCAGUGUUGGCCAUCGUCUGCAUUCUGUACAUCCACUUAGAAGUGAAAGGUAAUUCUUAAACUGAAAAAGUAUCCAUACCCAUGAUGCAUUAGUCUGAGCAGUUGAUAUAGAAUAUAUAUGGUGAACACUGAUAUCUAUAGACGUAUCAUUAGGUUGAACCUGGGUUUUGGAUGUUUUUAAUAUUAGUUUGAGAGCAUCCUUGUGUGACACAUUCAAUAAGUUGAAUGUGUUUGGAAGUUAUGGUAAUCUUUUGCUUUUAAGGGUUUUAGGAUUUAUUUAUUCUUAAGCUUUCAGGGAGAUUUUUAAUAUCCAUUUUUUUUUUUUUUUUUUCCUCAGGUCAAAACGUAGAGAGACGAAAAUGAGAAAAUGACUGUAAUGCAGGUUUAACAGUGGAGUGAUGAUACCAGUGAUAUGCACAAGGAGUUCCUGAACUGGAGAACAUGCACGUGAAUACAGUGGUCAGACUAGUGCAGAUCUAGGCCGGGUGUGUCUUUAACGGCCACUGCUGUAUAGUGUGAUUGAAUGAAGACACCCCCCCCCUGCAGCCGUUUUGCUGCAGCAGAAUGUGAGAUCAGCCUACACACGAGGGGUCACAUGAUUCCUUCGAUUGAGAUAAAUAUGCAAAACACAAAAUGCUAGACUCAAACUAAAUCCAAACAUCUGUACUAAAGUAUGCCAUACAUCACGCAGUAGGUUCGUCAGAGCAUCACAACAUUGAAUAUGUAAAAUGAUCUUUAUGAUAUAAUGCCAUCAAAUGGUUACUACUUCUCAUCAAAACAGUCUGCAGAGGUCAUUAUUGUACAAGUAGCGAUGAGAAUCUAAGAUUUGUAUUUGUAAUGAUAUGGAGAGCAAGUAUGACUUUAACUGUUGUUACGCAUUAUUGAAGACGCCAAGCCUCUGUUAGUUCAGUUACUUGUAAGCUGCAGUAAUGCUGAAAAACAAGGAGCAAUGCGUUAUGAUCGGUAGGCUUGGUAAUAAGCAUUGAAGCUAAUAAUUACUAAGUUAAUAUGAGCUUGCGGGAGGACUGAGUUUUGCACUUUGUAUGUAAAGAUGGCAUUUAGUUGUUGCUCAGCUUGGCUCUUCACAUGAGGAGCUUUGCAACACUCCAACUUUCCAGAAGCAAUUGCAAAAUACUUUGAUAUUGUUCCUGAACGCAUCAUCCACGUCACGUGGUUACCAUGGACUCUGAUGCUGCCACAACGUGCAUCACUUGAAAACUGUCGUUUAUUUAUUGUUCUGAUGGUAAAUGUUUCCAUUUGCUGUUUAAUAAAUUGCUGUUUUCUGUUGAACUGUUUGGUGUUUUGCAUAAUUACAACUUUGUGUAUUUAGAGGUAAACGGUUAGGCUUUAU